GACUUUUGAGUAUACAGUAUCAAGAUUUUAACCUAUAAAUAUGUUGACAUUUUAUCGAAAACAUAUGUCCUUCAAAAAUUCGCGUAUAAUUCGAAACAUUUUGUUGUUUGUGUGUGUUGAAAUACCUAAUUUAUCCAACUCUGAUCUUCAAAAUAUUGCUUGGAAUUUUUCCAAAUAAUAUUUCUGUAUACGGACAAGUCUACUGAUCUUGAUCUAAUCUACUGUCGCUUAUCCAAGUAUUUGCCCGAUCACUUGGAAUCAGUUUCUCGAGAUAUGCUGACAAUAAUGGCCAAUUCAAGUUCCGAAAACACAAUAAAAAAUGAUCAACUGUUUGCCAUUCUGAAACAUAAACGAUAUAUCAGUGUCAAGGAUAUCUACAAAAAAUAUUGGGAAAAAAUGACCGAAGAUUUGGCCAACAUAAGCACACAAGCGUUAGACAUAGAUUUCACAUUUCAACUCUUUCGUAUCGAUAUUGUUUGUUACAAAAGGGGCUGGCUAGCAGAUACCGGUGCCAGAAAUUUGAAUCAUUGUUGAAAGAAUUAGUGUUGAUCGAAGUUAAAUAUGGAAUUUCGGCAUGGUUGCCGCAUCGCAUAGCCAAUAUGGCCACGUUUAUAAUCGGAUAUGCCAAUGACCCAAUAUUUGAUCAAAUUACGCUUCCCGAGUAUUUUGUGAAGAAAAUUGAAGAAAUGGCGCCCCAGUUCACGGCCAACGAAAUUAUCGACAUUUCCAUCGGAAUAGAAACUUUUCAUCGUAAUGGAAUCCUAAAGAGUGUAAAUCGAAGGAUGGCAGCCAAAGUUAUUGAUCGUAUCGGACGUUUGGAAAACGUUGUUGAUGCUUGCAUAGAACGAAUGAUUGAUGGACGAAGAAAGAUUCAAAUUGAUUCGAUUUGCUUACUCAUAAGAGCGUAUGCCAAUCAAAAGGUGCUAAAAAAGACCCACACUCUUGACAAAUUAAUUAGAAAACUUGAAGAGAUUUGUUCCUCAGAUGAUGUUAUCAUCACAGCCCGCACGAUCCAGAUCGUAGUAGUCUUAAUAAAAUAGUGUUCGUCGUACCGAAGCUAUGCGAGCACAUGCUGAAAUUUGUUAAUGAACAUCGGGAUAUUGUGGGUGGCGAUAUUGUAGCCUAUUUAUUGUUUUAUUUAUUUUCAAUGGGCUAUGAACCGUACGUGAAUUCUCAAGCGAUUUUGAAUGAAGACAAAACUGGGAAGCCGAAAAGCCAAUAUCUGAAUGCCGAACUGUUUGAUUUUGAUAAUUUUACUCGAAUAAUAAACCGUGACGUCGAACUGAUGCCGGCUUGGUUAGUCGUUCAAGCAUGUUUAGCAUUCAGCUUUUAUCAGGUUCUAACAUUAGAUUUAAUAAGUCGAGUGUUCAAUAUAGAUUUCGUUACUCGGUUAGAAAAGGAGUUGGCUCUGAUGUAUGAUGCGAGAAGUUAUCCAAAGAACCUUUUAAAUAUUGUGAUGCAGCUAAAUAGGGCGGUGUGUCUGGACUAUCCGGAGGCUGGAGUGCCGUGGUUCCAACAAAAUUUUGCACAACUAGCAGCAGCUGAUCCAAACAUAUUUGUUUGUUUUUCACUAAAGUAAUAUUGCCACUCAAAAUGCAUGCAACACAUUGUUUGCUGGCUUCGUUACUGAAAACUUGCAAAAACUCGCAACUACUUACCUUUUAUCCAAAUCAUAAAAUGUGCAUUGUACCUUGGUGCUGGAAAAGAGUAACAAUUUUUUCUUCGAUUUUUUUUUCAACUUAUUUCAAGAAUUUCAUACGUUUUUAAGCCACAUGAUGGUGUCAUUUAAAUAAAAACAAUUUGUUUGAUUUAUACAAAAAAUAUAGUUUUUUUAAAAAUUUUUUUUGCUUUGUAUGUUCGCUGAUUCUUCAGUAAUCAUUUGAGUUUUAAAUAUUACAAUAAGUUUUAAUUUGGUUUUUACUGCAAUUGUUCAUCAUCAUCAUUUUCACAAUCCAAUAGUUAUUUACACAUGACACAGAUGUGUUAUUUUCUCAUAUCAAUUUUUUUUUGUUAUGUUACGAUCUGUCACAAGAAUUAUUAUAGUAUAUUUUCUCACAGAAUUCUACAUUAUUAUUUUAUUUGUUUAUAAUUAUUGCUUGAAUUGGGUUUAGAAACAAGUACAAAAAAAAACAAGAACAAUACUGUAACAAAAACUGUUUCGAAAGCCAAACAAAGAAAAAAACGAUCGAAUAAAAACAUUCCAAAAAGGUAUAUAAAAAAACAGCUAAAAAUAAAA